UGUUUCAUAUUCUCAUUUUUAUUUUACCAACCAAAAUAUGGAUUUAGAAUCUUCUCCUUUGAAGGUGAAUGAAAAAUCUGUUGAUGGGCCUUGUUCAUCUCCCAAACGCAUGAGCAGAAGAAGAAAGAUAUGUUUGUUGGUGACUUUUGGCGUUAUAUUGGCGGUGGUUCUUCUGAUUGUCAUUUUAGCACUCACCGUCUUCAAGCCCAAAGAUCCCGUCAUCACCGUCAACCCCGUCUCUCUCGAGAAUCUGGACUUCUCUCUCGACGCGUUGAACGGCCGCAGAGUAUACCUGAACGUCACCGUCGAUGUCAGUCUCUCCGUUAAAAACCCUAACAAAGUCGGGUUCAAUUAUAGGAACAGCUCUGCUUCCUUGAAAUACAUGGGCGAACUCGUCGGAGAAGUGCCGAUUCCGGCCGGGAAGAUAUCCGCCGACAAAACCAAACCUAUGAAUGUCAGCGUCACCGUAUUGGCGGAUCGAUUGCUCACCAAUUCCAAUGCCUACUCGGACGUCCUCUCUGGUACGUUGCCUCUCUCUGCCUCCACUAGAAUUUCCGGCAAGGUUCGUAUCUUGAAUUUCAUCAAAAUUGGUGUUGUUGCAUAUGCAACCUGCGAUUUCACCAUUAAUGUUAUGACUAUAACUGUUGCUGAUCAAACUUGUGACUAUAAAACCAAAUUAUAAAUGAGAGACAAUUUGACUUGGAGAUAGAUCAAAUAAAUAAAUAAAUAAAUAAAAUUUAUAAAUUUUGAAAGACUUCAAUUUGUUUGUAGAGUUGGAGUCGUUGCCGAAUCGAUCGGAUGCGGACCUAAGUGCUUAUUUAAGAUUGUCUUUUUUUUUUUUUUUUUUCCUCAGUGGUCUGUACGGUUCUUUAUUUCAUACUACGUGGCAAUAAAAAGAUCGCGUUUUGUAUAUACAAUUUUCUG